CUGAAAUAAAACGACCACCUGCUCUAAUUAACGAUCCAAUUACACACCUUUACCUGUGCGUCACGUCACCACUGCGUCUACGCGCCCACUUCCGCAGGCAGCCGCCCUGGAUGCCGUGAGUUGUUUGUUUGUGCGGGACAGAGCAGGUGAGGCUGCGGGGGGAAGAAAGGGCGGGGAGCUCUCUACAAGCAGGAAGAAGAGGCAACAUGGUGCGGUGACAAAAGCGCCCGGACACCGACUGAGACCAGGGUUCAUCUUUUUGAUAUCACUCUGCAGAGGACACGGGGGAACAACCUGAGGCGCUAAGAUGAGUCGGAGGCGAGUAGACUCCCAGGGUUCCCUGGGGCCUGACGAUGAGGUCAUGCCAUAUAGUGAUGAUGAGACGGAUGACGAAUUAGACGCAAGCUCGGAAGAGGAACCAGAAGCGCCACCAGGAGCCCCGCAAGCCCCGGCAGAAGUUAGACCCAGCGAGAUGGGAUGGAAGGUGAAGGCAAAUGACCGACCUUACCACCACCUGCCAGAGUUCGAGAAAAAAGUUUUCCUGUGUAUCAAGAAGAGCAGAUACUCUGGAAACGCCAUCAAGACGUACAAGUACAACGUCCUCACCUUCAUCCCCCUGAAUCUGUACGAACAGUUCAAGAGGGUUGCAAACCUGUAUUUCCUGGCUCUGCUCAUCCUGCAGAUUAUUCCAGACAUUUCCACACUGCCCUGGUACACCACGCUGAUUCCUCUGGUGGUGGUGCUGGGAGUCACUGCCAUCAAAGACCUGGUGGACGACCUGGCACGUCACAGGAUGGACAAAGAGAUCAACAACAGGAAGUGUGACGUGCUUCAGGACGGCAGGUUUCAGUCGUCGAAGUGGAGGAACAUCCAGGUUGGAGAUGUGGUUCGUCUGAAGAAGAACGACUUUGUUCCGGCUGACAUCCUGCUGUUAUCUAGCUCCAACCCAAACAGCCUGUGUUAUGUAGAAACAGCAGAGCUCGACGGAGAGACUAACCUGAAAUUUAAGUUGGGACUUCGCGUGACCGAUGAGCGGCUGCAAGAGGAACGUCAGCUGGCUGAGUUUGAUGCUCUGAUCGAGUGUGAGGAGCCCAACAACCGCCUGGAUAAGUUCACAGGAACAAUGCGGUGGCAGGGGGAGCACUACCCUCUGGAUCUGGAUAACAUGCUGCUCCGAGGCUGCAAAGUCAGGAACACUGAGGAGUGUCACGGACUGGUCAUCUUCGCAGGAGCCGACACCAAAAUCAUGAGGAACGGUGGGAAGACCAGGUUCAAGAGGACCAAAAUUGACGAGCUGAUGAACUACAUGGUCUACACAAUCUUUGCACUGCUGAUCCUGGUGGCGGCAGGUCUGGCCAUCGGUCACUCCUUCUGGUACGAAGAGAUCGGCUCUAAGGCCUGGUAUCUGUACGACGGCAAGAACCAGACCACAUCCUACAGAGGCUUCCUCAGCUUCUGGGGAUACAUCAUCGUCCUCAACACCAUGGUGCCCAUUUCACUAUAUGUCAGUGUGGAGGUGAUUCGUCUGGGCCAGAGUAAGUUCAUCAACUGGGACCUGCAGAUGUAUUUUGCAGAGAAAGACACACCGGCUAAGGCUCGAACCACCACCCUGAACGAGCAGCUCGGUCAGAUCGAGUACAUCUUCUCCGACAAGACGGGAACUUUGACACAGAACAUCAUGCAGUUCAAGAAGUGCACCAUCGCUGGACGCAGCUACGGUGAACCAACCACAGCUGAAGGAGUGGUGCUGGACCGAGGAAGGCUGGUGGACUGGAGCUGGAACCAGCACGCCGACAGAAAGUUCGAGUUCAUGGAUCAUUCCCUCGUUGCCAUCAUCCGGUCCAAGAAGGAUAAAGAUGUUACAGAGUUCUUCAAGCUGCUCUCGCUCUGCCACACAGUCAUGGUGGAGAACAAAGACGGUGAACUGGUGUACCAGGCUGCCUCUCCUGAUGAGGGCGCCCUGGUGACGGCUGCGAGGAACUUCGGCUACGUGUUUCUGUCUCGCACGCAGGACACCAUCACCAUCAGGGAGAUGGAUCACGAGACAACCUACGAAAUGUUGGCCCUGCUCGACUUCAACUCGGACCGCAAGCGCAUGUCUAUCAUCUUGAAGUUUCCUGAUGGCCGUGUUCGUCUCUACUGUAAAGGAGCCGACACCGUCAUCUAUGAACGACUUUCCCCAAACACCAGACACAAAGAAACUACCCAGACUGCCUUGGAUGAAUUUGCCAAUGCAACCCUGCGGACGCUGUGCUUGUGCUACAAAGACAUCGGCGCAGACGAGUACGCAGCCUGGUCACGGAAACACAAAGAUGCCCAGCUGGUCUUGGCCGACAGAGAGGCGGCCCUCGACCGCGUGUAUGAGGAGAUCGAGAGCAACCUCAUGCUGAUUGGUGCGACGGCCAUCGAAGACAAAUUACAGGACGGCGUGCCAGAGACCAUCGCCACACUGGCCAAGGCCGACAUCAAGAUCUGGGUCCUGACUGGAGAUAAGAAAGAAACGGCAGAGAAUAUUGGAUAUUCUUGUUCACUUCUGACAGACGACAUGCAGAUCCACUACGGAGAAGACGUCAACGAUAAGCUGAGGAUUCGUCAGACCCAGAGGAGACAUGAGCCUCCAGCUGUCCGUAUAGGCAAAAAGAAGCCCGUGCUGCCUUUCUUCCCAGAACCAGGCAAAAACGCUCUGAUCAUCACAGGAGGCUGGCUGAAUGAGAUUCUGUAUGAAAAGAAGAAGAAGCGACGUCGCCUGCGUCUCCGACGUCUGGGGAAACGACCGCCUCCCAGCACCCCUCAGGACGGACAGCCCAUGGACGACUUGGAGAAGGAGAUGAGACAGAUUGACUUUGUGGACAUGGCCUGUGAGUGCGAGGCAGUCAUCUGCUGUCGCGUCACCCCCAAGCAGAAGGCUAACGUUGUCAGUUUGGUGAAGAAGUACAAGAAAGCUGUGACACUGUCUAUCGGAGAUGGAGCCAACGACGUCAACAUGAUCAAGACUGCAGACAUCGGUGUUGGUAUCAGCGGCCAGGAGGGGAUGCAGGCCGUCAUGUCCAGCGACUACGCCUUCGCUCAGUUCCGUUACCUGGAGCGCCUCCUGCUGGUGCACGGACGCUGGUCCUACAUCCGAAUGUGCAAGUUCCUGCGCUACUUCUUCUUCAAGAACUUCGCCUUCACACUGGUCCACUUCUGGUACUCCUUCUUCAGCGGAUACUCCUCACAGGUCGCCUACGAAGACUGGUUCAUCACUCUAUACAAUCUCUGCUACAGCAGCUUACCUGUUCUACUAGUUGGACUUCUUGACCAGGAUGUUAACGACAAACUGAGCCUGAAAUUCCCCAAGCUCUACCUGCCUGGCCAGCAGGGGUCAAUGUUCAACUACAGAAACUUUUUCAUCAGCUUGUUCCACGGCAUCUUCGUCUCGCUCAUCAUCUUCUUCAUCCCUUACGGAGCCUUCCUUCAGACCAUGGGGCAAGACGGAGAAGCCCCCUCCGACUACCAGUCUUUGGCUGUCGUCACUGCCUCGUCACUCAUUUUUACUGUCAACCUGCAGAUCUCUCUGGAUACCUCCUACUGGACCUUCGUCAACUGCUUUGCAGUUUUGGGCAGCAUAGCAAUCUACUUCGGGAUCAUGUUUGACAUCCACAGUGCUGGGAUCCACGUCAUCUUCCCCUCACAGUUCACCUUCACAGGUGCAGCAUCCAAUGCUCUGCGGCAGCCCUACCUGUGGUUAACCAUCAUCCUGACGGUGGGCAUCAGCCUGCUGCCCGUCAUCUGCAUACAGUUCCUCCAUAAAACCAUUUGGCCCUCUGUAGGAGACAAGGUCCAAAGAAACAGGAAGAAGUACGAGAUGGAGAUGCAAGAGGAAGAGAAGAAAAAGCCAUCAGCCUUCCAGCGUGGCCGGCGUUCCCGCCGCUCUGCCUACGCCUUCUCUCACUCCCGUGGCUACGCCGACCUCAUCUCGUCUGGGCGGAGCAUUCGGCGGCGCCCGCCGGCCCGUGGCGGACCCCAGGACAGCAUCAGGGAGGUUCCCCACAGAGAGGCUGAAAACAUCUGAUGAGGGCUGAGCAGGAGAUGGCGCAGAACUGUAGCCAGAGGGAUUGUAAAUAUUUGGGGAGGUGCGAGGAGCAGUGGGUUAAUCCUCGCCAUCAUCUGAGUCGCUGCUGUAAUGGUCAACAUCACAGCCUGGUCGGUGGUUCAGUGCACAGUUCCUUUUGGGUAUUUAAGUGCCUUGAAGAGCUCCUAAUGUCACUCGUCCUUUUAGAAAUGACAAGUUAGAUGCUUGGUUUGGCACCAGCAUGUUAACCUGCAGAAAUGAAGAGCUACUUUUUUGCUCCAGUCUGUGAUCCUGACUCCACUGCCUGUAGUCUCUCCUCUAUGCACAGACUCUUGAAAACUAAUGAAAAAAAACAAAAAAGCUCACCGAAGAGACCUCUGUUACCGGGGUUUGAAGUCAUGCAGCGACUGUGUGACUGACAAUGUCGUUCGACUCAGGAUUUUUUUAAAGUAAAAGCUUUAUUUUUAGUCAGUUUGUCCCUGCACACCACUACUGUGGCUGGAUACGUAACUAAUGUUGUUUAACAUGUUGCUUUUUGAUAUUGACGGUUUUAGCCCAGUAUCUGCAGUGCACUCGAUAUGUUAAGUGUUUUAUUAAAUUAAAAAUAUAUAUUUUCCAGUCAAUUUGUCCGUUUGCAACAUGAAAUCAAACCACAUCAUCUGUUACUUUAGUUUGUUUCUGUCCGUUGAGAUGCAGUCAAAACCUUUUCCUGCACAUUAGGACAAUGGGCUAAAACUGAACAUGUCGAGGUGUCCUCUUUUAAUGUUUUAUUAUAAAUAAUGGCGGGAUAUUUCCAUGCCACGUCAUGCAAGGUGGUCAGAUAUUAUAAAGUGUGUCUUAAUUUAAAACUAAGUUGUGAAUAUUUUUCUUCUGCUCUAUCAAAUAUCCAAAGUGUCCUUACUGAUGGGUGUUGGAGUUUCUAAUUUGAGGGACUGCAAACAUUUUCUUCACAUUUUUUAAAUGCCUCUUUCCAAGCUGUAUCCUCAUGCAAACACCUAAAAAAAACAAAACACUCGUCUUCCUUCAACAGCAGUCUCUUCAUUUCUUUUCACUUUACAGAGUGUAAAUUUAAGUGCUCCUUACUUUAAAUGUGGAAAGAAACACACAGAAAGGUCUUGGUUCAUCUUCGUUUGAUGACGUCUUAGUAGUUUGUUCCUUUCUCUUGAUUUUUGCGACUUCCUGGAAGUUAAAUUGCACGAUCUUUAAGUGGUGAAAAAGUGAGGAUGUCCUGCGUGUGUGUCACUGGUUGUUUACAAUAAACCCCAAAAUGAUCUGUUUUUCCAUUCCUCUAUUCAGAUUUAGGAUAUCCACUAGGAAGCGCUAAGCCAGAACUGACCCAUUCCUGCUCUGACUGUUACUGUCUGCAGAUAAUGUCUUUUUAAUACUGAAUGAAUGACUGCAGUGGAUGAGGACUGCUGUUGAUUGUACCAUCAACAGUUCAGUCUCUGUCAUAUGAUGGUAUUUUAUCAUGUGGUUGUUAAUAAAAGCCAUGGGCACAUUUAGCAAUCUGAAA